CUGAACAUGUCCCUCCCCAUCAGCAGCUUGAAUCAUGGCGACAUCGACGAGCCCGUCCGUGCGACGGUGAGGCAGGAGACUACCACAGUCACGGUCGAAACCGCUCCUGCUUCCGCUGUGGAUGCAAUCGACUUCAACAACAUGAGUGAGGACGACGCCAGAAGGCUGAUGUCCAAGGAGCAUAAGGAGCUCGGCUACAGGCCACCUCCCGGCUCGCUCGCUGCGCAGGCCCAAGCGGCGGCAGCGAAGCAAUCUGGUCGCCCGGGUCUUGGGCGCUUGGACUCGGAGCUCCUGAAUACGGUCGCUAGAGAGGACGCAGAACUAGUCAGGGCCCGCACAGAGGGCGCCUCCGGUAUUCAAGGCGUUGACAUCACCGAUCUAGCGGAAGGCGACGCCCGCAAGCUUGUCUCAGUAGAACACCGCGCGCUUGGGUACAACCCUCCUCGGGGCUCCCUGGCCGCCGAAGCCCAGCGGCACGCCGCGAAGCAUCCUUCGCUCGCCGGCCGGCGCUAUGACUCGGAUGUGCUUACCCAGGCGGCACUCAACGACGCCAUCGAUGUCGAGGAGCGGCAGCCGCGGGGCGCAGAGCGUACCGAGGUCGAGACGGUCCGGGUGCUGGGAAACACGGAGUUGUCUCCUAACGUGGGUUUUGAGAUUGAUGAGGGCUUUGUGCACGGUGCUUAA